GCACCGCUUGCGUUGAAUUUGUUUACCAACAUCGUUGGCGUGAAAGUGUCCAUUCAGUUUUGUGGAGCAAUUAAAAACGUAUUUAAUCCCUUGUAAUUUGUUCAAAUAUUCCAUAUCAAAAAAAAAAAAAAUGCUACCUUUAUCCCUUCUCAAAACGGCGCAAAGUCAUCCUAUGUUGGUGGAGCUCAAAAAUGGCGAAACCUACAACGGCCACUUGGUAAGCUGCGACACCUGGAUGAACAUCAAUCUUCGUGAGGUCAUCUGCACAUCAAAGGAUGGUGAUAAAUUUUGGCGAAUGCCCGAAUGUUACAUCCGCGGCAGUACGAUCAAGUAUCUGCGCAUUCCGGACGAGGUGAUCGACAUGGUGAAGGAGGACGUGCAGGCCAAAUCGCGGAACCGAACCGAGCUGAACAAGGGCGGCGGCCGUGGUCAGGGCGGGGGCGGUGGUGGCCAACAGGGUGGCCGAGGCGGACCGGGAGGAGCUGGUGGUGGGGGACGCAAUAAUGCCAACGCCAAUAAUAGGAACACCUUCGGCAACCGAGCGGGCAAUCGGUCUGGACUUGGAAAUCCGAAUCGGAACGCGCUCAACAAGAAGUAAUUGGCACCGCCGCCGCUGCCAUGAUGCCGUUGACGAUCGAUUGGGUGCCGUCUGUUGACCGUAAAGUGUGAAAAAAGAAAAUCGAGGAACGUUUUCAGAGAAAACAUGAAUAAAAAAUAUGCUUUUGUGUGUUCGGGAAGAAACGA